ACGCGCACGCCCGCCCUCGCUCGCAGUCAUUGUGGAAGAUGGCGGCGGUGUGAGCGCGCCCUCCCCCGCACCCAGCGCCAGCAACAUGAAGCGGCAGAGCGAGCGGGGGGAGUCGAGCCCCGGCCGCGCCAAGAGGGCCCGGGAGAGGCGGGAAGAGGCCCACAAGAGUUCCGGGAGGAGAGAGAGGGCCGGACAGGCCUCGUCACCACGCCGGGCCCGGGACCCGCCACCCCCGAGGCCGCUGCUGCUCCCGGACAGCCCCGAGUACAAGACUUUGCUGGUCAGUAACCUGGGCUCGGCCCUCCCUGAGCCCCUCCUGGAAGACUGGCUGUUCCGGCACUUCCAGCGCUUCGGCGACAUCAGCGUCAAGUUGUCGCACACGCCGGACCUGGGCCGGGUCGCCUACAUCAACUUCCGCAGGCCCGCGGACGCCCGCCAGGCCCGGCACGCCAAGCUGCGCCCGCUGCUCUACGACCGGCCGCUGAGGGUGGAGCCCGUCUUCACGCAGCAGAGCGUCCGCCGCCCCGAGCCCAGCCCGUUGCCGCUGACCGCGCUGCCCACGUCGCCCCGCCACCUCCUGCUACCCCCGGCCUCCUCGGCGGACACUUACUACAAACUUUACGAGGAGCGGGUGAGGGGCGGCGGCGGCAGCGGAGGAGGAACCAACUACCGCCUCCCCAGCGCGGCGGCCGCCGCCGCCAGCAGCGCGGGCGACGACGAGCAGCUGGCCCCCGAGGACGACCACCGGGCCACCCGCAACCUCUUCAUCGGCAACCUGGACCACGCGGUGACGGAGGCGGACCUGCGGCGGGCCUUCGACAAGUACGGCCCCAUCGAGGAGGUGGUGAUCAAGCGGCCGGCCCGCAACCAGGGCGCCGCCUACGCCUUCCUGAAGUUCCAGAACCUGGACAUGGCCCACCGGGCCAAGCUGGCCAUGAGCGGCCGCCUGCUGGGCCGCAACUACAUGAAGAUCGGCUACGGCAAGCCCAACCCCAGCACCAGGCUGUGGGUGGGCGGACUGGGGCCCAGCACCUCCAUCGCCACCCUGGCACGGGAGUUCGACCGCUUCGGCAGCAUCCGCACGGUGGACUACGUCAAGGGCGACAGCUUCGCCUACAUCCAGUACGAGAGCCUGGACGCCGCCCAAGCGGCCUGCACCCAGAUGAGGGGCUUCCAGCUCGGGGACCGGCGGCUGCGCGUGGACUUUGCAAAGGUGACGCCGGAAGAGGCAGCCGCCGCCGCGUCCCGCUACGCACCGCUCCAGGCCACCCCUUACCCGCUCCCCCUCUCCUACGAACUGCUCCAGUCCGAGGUCUACGGCCGCCACCGCGCGGCGCUGGAGCCCGACCUGCGGGUGAGGGACAGGACUCCCCCGCACCUCCUGUACUCCGACCGGGAGAGGCCCUUCGUGGAGGCGGGCUGGCUGAACUCUGAAAAGCGCAGCGCCGCCCGGGUCGCCCGCAGCCGCAGCGGGGACCGCGGAGGAGGCGGCGGCAACAGCAGCUCAAAGAACCGAGAGGAGAGACGGCGACGGCGCAGCUUGUCCGGGGACAGAGGCCGCAGGGUGGAGCGCAGCCCCGACCGCCCCAGGAGGGAACCUGCCGAGAGGGAGGUCAGCUCCACCCCUUCCCCGCAACACAACCACCGCCCCCCACCGCCAGACAAGCCCCGCCCCCCUACCCCCGAGCCACCCCAACCCAGGAGAAACCACCACCCCCGCCCCCCCGAGCCCCCAGCCGAAAGAGUGUCCCCGGGGGCGGAGAAGGGACGGACGCUGCCGCCCGUCUGGUGCGGCCACCUGGUACUGAAAAACAGCUGUUUCCCCACCUACAUUCACUUCCUGGAAGGAGACCGCGACGUGCCCAGCGCCCUGCUGAGGGACCGCUCCGUGCCCGGCGGGGGCAGCCUGACGCAGCUCAAAAUCGCUCAGCGGCUGCGGCUGGACCAGCCCAAACUGGAGGAGGUGACCCGCCGCAUCAGGCAGGGCGCCCCGGGGGGUUUCGCAGUACUGGUGGCCAUCCAGGCCCCGCAGAACGAGGGGGUUCUCCCCGAGGAGCCCAGCCUACAGCGGCGCCUGCUCAGGAACCUGGUCUCCUACCUAAAACAAAAGCAGGCGGCCGGAGUCAUCAGCCUGCCCGUGGGCGGCAGCGGGAAGGGCAGAGACCCCACCGGCAUGUUGUACGCUUUCCCCCCCAGCGACUUUCACCAGUUGUACCAGCAGAGCGCCCAGCGGGUGGUGGGCAAGCUAGAAGAGAACAUGAUUAUUGUGCUGGUAAAAGAUAACGCCUGAUGACGAUCCCGCCAUAGACUGCCUCCUACCCAGUCUGUCCUCCUCUUAGAGUUGUAUCUGAGCAGUGUGCUCGCUGCUGUACCCCCCCACCCCCCCCCCCCAUCCAGGAGGGGCCCCUGGCUCUGCUCACUUAGGGCCACUCUGUCACUGGUGACCCCUGUAAAGAACAGUUUGUAUCUUUUUGUUCCUCCUGAUCUUUGCUACAAAGUAUCUCCAGCAUCUGUCAGUCAUGUGGUCUCCUCCCCCCUACGGAGUGCUUUGGUUCAGUCCACCGGCCCCUAAAUCAUUCAGUGACCUCGGGGCUGGCGGACUUGAGUCUUUAGCGUCAGACAUCCCUUUCAGGUGUCGGAUUCCCCCCCUCUGAGUGAUGUGGUUCAGUCCACCAGCUCCUAAAUCGCUACUCUUCCAUGACCUGGGGGGGCCAGUUGAGCCGCAAAGAGUCCACCGUAUCCCUCCAGGUGUGUGCUCGCCCCCCCUUCCUCUGAGCGCAGUGGUACACUCCACAGGUGCCUAAAUUUUUACGAGUAGUGAUGUAGGGGCUGGUCGAUGUUUCUGCAGCACUUGUCAAAUGCUUAGACAUCCCCCCGCUGCUGUGGUUUGAUCCGCCGACCCCCGAAAUCGCUCGCCAGCAGUCUUCUCGGGGGGCCGGCGGAUGAAGGAACCACAGAGAGCUAUGGCACUAGAACAGGGCUAUGCAAUGAGCGGACCUCCAGCUGUUGCAAAACUACAAGUCCCAUCAUGCCUCUGGGUGUCAUGCUUGUGGCUGUCGGU